AUGGACCAAAAAGCUGAUGAAACCAGCACCAACGAGGAAGAUGAGACCAUAUUGCACAUAGUAGAGCGCAUCAGUCACGAUACAUACAGCGAUGUGGAGCUUGCGAAGCUUUCGAGGCUCGAGUCUGAUCAUGUGUCACUGACGGACACGGUGUCCCCUCUACAGGAAGCAUCGCAAAAUCUCAGUGGCUCAGUACCACCUCCUUCCAGUGAUCCAUACGUCCAUAGUGAUGGACAGAAUCAAGAUGAUAAAACGUCAUCAACCAGUGCUGAGUCGGCGAGUGUUGACGCAGCAGCUCAAAUGAUGCUCAAGGAUCGAUUCAUCGUCGAUCAAGUCGAUAAAGCGGCUUCGACCAGUGCCGAGUUGACCAGUGUUGACGCCGCAGCUCAAAUGAUGCUCAAGGAUCAAUUGAUCGUUGGUGAAGCAGCAAUGUACCAAAAGGAUCGAUUGGUGUGUGCCGGGAUAAACCAAGCGAUGAAUCAACGAGAUUCCCGCAAUCUGGGAGAGAACAGACCCGAUGUUUUAUCAUCAACCGCCCAGAACCAGGAAGAACCAGACCUAGCACAUCCAGGAGCGUACGCAGUGGCUCCAGGAGGAUCGGGCGGUACAGGCACAGAAAUGGAAGAAGGCCUAGAUGCAUUGAUACCACCAGAACCAGCCCCAGUUUCCCUUGAGGAUGGCCUUCCCGUGGCCAAUCAAGUGUCGGACAAUUUGGACCUACCCGUGGCGGAUUUGGAUCCUGGACAAGAUAACAGCAGAAGGGCAGAAAGGAAGAAGCAAUCACUAUGGCUUCCCGCGCUAUUGUAUGGCAGCUGCGUUGCUGCCCUUGUCAUUGUGGUGGCCUUGCUUGUUAAUUCUGGUAGAAACAAUGAGGACACCAACAGCAGUGUAUCUGACUCACCCACCUACUCACCACUCCCUCCAGAAAAUGCCCAAAAUCUGUCUGAUGUGGAGCUCCUUGUUUUGGAAGCUUUGUCCAAUCACACUCUGGAAGCACUGGAGGAUCCCAUCUCUCCCCAGUCCCUUGCCUAUGAGUGGAUACUGGAAGACUUGGAAGAAAACAACUACACCCACACCAGCAGGAUCAGGCAAAGGUACGCCCUAGCCACUCUCUUUUAUGCCACAGGAGGGCAUGACUGGUAUGAAAAUGAGAACUGGUUGAAUCAAUCAGUUCAUGAGUGUUUUUGGUUCUCUCAAGAGUGCAUGAGAGAGGAGGAUUGCACUCCCUGUGAGAUCCCAUCCAACUCGCUCAACAGCUCCAACCAAGCUGUGCACAUGGAAUACGAGCCAUAUCAACACAUUUUGCUCUAUUCGAAUGCUCUGCAAGGCACGUUGCCACUAGAACUGUUCUGGUUGACAAACCUCAAAACCAUUUACCUUCUCCAGAAUACUGAUCUAGCUGGCACUAUAUCAUCCCAUAUUGGGAGGUUGAGGCAGUUGGAAGUCUUCCGCGUGCAAGUCACAAUGAUAUCUGGAACAAUCCCUACAGAGUUGGGCCUUCUUUCUGAUAGUCUCUCUCAAAUUUUUGCCACCAAUGCUCAGCUGGAAGGCACAUUUCCCUCAGAGCUUGGGAUGUUACAAAAGCUGGAAAAAAUAUCCACAGAUGGUAACAUGCUCACAGGAACCUUACCAGAGGAACUGGGGGAUGCCACCAGUUUGGAUUCCCUAGUGUUCAUUGCGAACUCAUUAUCUGGGACUAUACCAGAAUCCAUUUGGCAUCUCCCCUUGGGUAUUCUUGCGUUGGGGCUGAAUCAGCUCUCAGGAACCAUUCCUACAGAAAUUGGGUUGAUGAGCAAUCUCACCUAUCUGUCACUUUCUUAUAAUGGCUUCUCAGGAGAGAUACCUUCGCAGAUUGGCUUGUUGACUGAUGUCAUCAAUGUGAAUCUCUAUGUCUCCAGCUUUACUGGCACUAUCCCCACAGAGAUUGGUCAGCUCUCUUCUGCUGAUUAUCUUGGGUUUUCUUUCUGCGCCUUCACUGGCACUAUUCCCACCGAAGUGGGCCUCCUAACGGACUUGAGCCUCUUGUGGAUGGAUGGGAACAGCCUCACGGGAUCAAUUCCGAGUGAAAUUGGACAAAACGUCAACUUGGAAGGUUUGUCUCUUGGAAAUUCCAACCUAACUGGGACACUGCCAUCUGAGUUGGCGAAUGCCCCAUUGACCAUGCUAUUUCUGGAAAACUCUCUUCUGUCUGGCUCUCUCCCUGAAGGGCUCAGUCCAGAUCUUUUUCAUUUGUCACUGUCAAACAGCUCAUUCCUGACUGGCACAAUCCCAAAAAACCUGACAAGCUUGGAUUAUUUGCUGGUGGAAGGGACAAUGUUGUCUGGAAUACUGCCAGAAUAUGUCUGUGGAAAUGAUGUUCUUGCUCUGGGUUUUGACUGCAGCCCUUUGCUAUGUGGAUGCAGUUGCCUUUGUGCCAAUGAAACCAACAGCUCUGCUGUCUCCAUGGCAAUGGGUGAGAACAAUGAAACAAUUAGUACCACCGUUGGGGCAUGA